CGCCGAAGGUGGAAUUUGUCUCCAUCUCCUGCUGUACUAUGAGGCAAAGCGCGCCGAGUGUCUGGCGCGUGAUAGCUUCCGAUGCUUUGCGAGAUGACCUGAUGCUCCAGCGGCCUUCUCCCUCACUUCACAGCUUCACCCUUGCAUUGUCGUCGAGCUGAACGUUACUAUAUCACGCGUCUUGAGCUUCACUCGUACGUUCAUCCUUACAGGUACACUACAAAUCACGACAAUAUGUCUUCUGAGAGCAAGCCAGACGUUGCUCAGGGCGCGAGGAAUAUCCGCGCCUCAGUACUCCACGGAGCAAAAGACUUAAGAAUCGAAAACCGCACCCUCUUCCCGCCUUCCCCAACAGAGCUUCAAAUCAGCGUCCGCAGCACCGGUCUCUGUGGUUCAGAUCUCCACUACUACAGGCACUACCGCAAUGGCGACAUCAUCGUGCGAGAACCCAUGUCACUGGGCCACGAGUCGGCUGGUGUAGUUGUAGACGUAGGUUCAGAGGUGUCGGGUUUCAAAGUCGGAGAUAAGGUCGCGCUGGAAGUCGGACAGCCGUGCGAGAACUGUGAGAGGUGUAAAGAGGGGCGGUAUAACAUCUGCAAAGGCAUGAAGUUCCGGAGUAGUGCAAAGGCGUUUCCGCAUGCUCAGGGCACGCUACAAGAUCGGAUUAACCACCCCGCUGCUUGGUGUCAUAAGCUACCAGAGGACAUGUCGCUAGACCUAGGAGCACUCCUCGAGCCCUUGAGCGUCGCCAUUCAAGCAUCGAAACGCGCACAACUAGCACCGGGUUCAACCGUGUUGGUGUUCGGAGCUGGAGCUGUAGGCCUACUUGUAGCAGCUAUGGCGAAGAUAUCAGGUGCCGGUACAGUGGUGAUAGCAGAUAUCGACGCUGGGCGAGUGCAAUUCGCCGUCGACAAUAAGUUUGCGCACCACAGCUACACAGUGCCUAUGAAGCGUGGAAGCACAAUAGAAGAGCAACUGGAUAUCGCGAAGGAGGUAGCUGCCGAGGUCGCAAAGCUGUCCAAGAAGAGUGGUGGCGAGAUUGGUGAGGUAGAUGCCGUAUUCGAGUGCACUGGUGUACCAUCAUGUGUCCAAGCAUCGAUAUAUGCAACACGACCCGGCGGCAAGGUUCUGCUCAUCGGCAUGGGCACGCCCAUUCAAACCCUACCAAUCUCCGCAGCUGCACUUCGCGAGGUCGACAUCCUUGGUGUAUUCAGAUAUGCGAACACGUACCCCACUGGCAUCGAAGUCGUAUCAAAGACGGGCGAUGACUACCCUGCCUUUGCCAAGUUGGUAACACAUACCUACAAAGGCUUGGAGUCAGCAGUUGAGGCAUUCGAGAUGGCCGGAAAGACGAAAGACGAUAGCGGCAAACUGGUUAUCAAGGUUGUACUUGAGACUGGUGAGGAAGAGAAGUCGAAUCUCUAAACUAAUCAGUAAAAGUUGGCGUUCGUAGGUGUAGAACGAUGUAGCAAUAGAGCGAUGCAGUUGCGAUCUUGAUCUUGCUCGACGUGAUCUUCAACGGACAACAGAAUUCCGAUACCAACUUUCCAUCUCCGCACUCGUUGUGAUGUUGGUAAACAAGUGACGUAUGCGGGGAAGCACGGCGGUAUCCCCAGGUGCCUGUCUCGAGCACGUGAAUUGUCGCUAACCCUCUCUUU